AUGGUUUCCUCUCAGUUCUCUGUCUUAAAUGGAAAUAGUUCAUCAAGGUCUUUCCUGAAUCAGUUGGUUCUACCAAAUGGUCCACCUGAUCUUUUGCCAUCUUCGACUUGUGAGGAUUUUGAUUUUUCUGAUGUGUUUGGUCCAUCUCCUGUUGAAGCCUCAAUAACACUAAGCUCCGAGAAACAUGGAGAUUCCGUAGCUACACGAGGUUCAGAUGAAAAGAUUUACAACGAUCCUGAUUGCAUUCACAUCCGCUCUCAAUCUUUAUUGGCUCCCAUAACUUGUAUUGGUCAGUCAUUGCAGCUUAGCAAGCUCACCUUACAUGAGACAGAAGAUGAAUUGGAUCUUGAGGAGGUCUUAAUAGAAACACAGAAAGAACUUAAGGAACAUUCUGUUAACAAUGCAGCAGUGGAGAAAAAUAAUUUAUACUUCAAUGAUUAUUGUCUGAAUAAUCAGACUAUUGGAGUUGAGGAUUUUGAAGUUUUGAAGGUUGUUGGGCAAGGUGCUUUUGGAAAGGUGUAUCAGGUGAGGAGGGCAGGUAGUUCUGAAAUAUAUGCUAUGAAGGUGAUGCGCAAGGAUAAGAUCAUGGAGAGAAACCAUGCUGAAUAUGUAAAAUCUGAAAGGGAUAUACUGACAAAGGUGGACAACCCAUUUGUUGUGCGGCUCAGAUACGCUUUCCAAACCAAAUAUAGGCUGUACCUUGUGCUUGAUUUUGUCAAUGGUGGCCACCUUUUCUUUCAGCUCUAUCACCAAGGCCUAUUCAGGGAAGAUUUGGCACGCUUCUAUGCUGCAGAGAUUAUUUGUGCCGUUUCUUAUCUUCAUGCAAAUCAUAUAAUGCACAGGGAUCUUAAGCCUGAAAAUAUUCUUCUCGAUGCAGAUGGUCAUGCACUGUUAACAGAUUUUGGCCUGGCUAAGAAAUUCAAUGAGACUGAAAGAUCUAAUUCUAUGUGUGGAACUGUAGAGUACAUGGCCCCUGAAAUUGUAAUGGGAAAAGGCCAUGAUAAGGCAGCUGAUUGGUGGAGUGUGGGAAUUUUAAUAUAUGAAAUGCUUACAGGAAAGCCUCCUUUCGCGGGCGGAAAUAGACAUAAGAUCCAGCAGAAGAUAAUUAAAGACAAAAUCAAGCUCCCAGCAUUUUUGUCAAAUGAAGCACAUUCACUGUUAAAAGGGCUGUUGCAGAAAGAUGUCAGCAAACGCCUUGGCAGUGGAUUAAGAAGCAGUGAGGAGAUUAAAAGCCACAAGUGGUUUAAGUCAGUUAACUGGAAAAAACUGGAAGCCCGUGAAAUUAGGCCAAGCUUUGUCCCUAAUGUUGCUGGGAAGCACUGUGUUGCUAACUUCGAGGAGCGGUGGACUACUAUGCCUUUGGUGGAUUCUCCAGCUUCUAGUCCCAAAAAGGAUGACAAUACCUUCAAGAAGUUCUCAUAUACUGGUAUUCCAAUCGAGUAA